AAGACUCGUGUGAGAUCACGUGAUGAAAUGAGUCGUAAAAUUGUAAAUCUGGCUCGCAUUCGUUAAGAAGACUUCACCCAGCAGUCAUCUCUCGUGGUGAGAUGUUUUGAAAACAUUUAAUUGGCAAAAAGAAUCAUCAUGGCACGUUCGAUCGCAGGUUUCUGUGCAGAAUUCAUCCGCAUCCUAGUGACACUCACCUGGCCGGUCUCCGAUUAUGUCUUAAACUUCCUCUAUGGCUUGUUCAUGGGAGCGACAAAACAGUUGCCACCCAUUGAAAACAAAAUUCUUCUCCUGUCCGCAAUUGAACUUGCAGCUAAGAUAAGGACAAAAGAAAUAAGCUGCGAAGAAGUAAUGAAGACUUACGUUGAAAGAGCAAAGAUAGUCCAUCCUUAUAUCAAUGCCGCUACAGACGAACGCUAUGAAGACGCCUUGAAAGAUGCAAAGAAAGUCGACGAAUUCUUGGCCAGCGGAACGAAAUCGGAAUUGGAAAUCGCAAGAGAUACUCCACUUUUGGGUGUUCCAUUUACUUGCAAGGAAGCCAUCGGUGUUAAAGACAUGAGGCAAAAUUCCGGAUUGGUCCGCUACAAAGAUCACAUAGCUGAAGAGGAUUCGGAUACUGCGGCUCUGUACAAAAAAGCUGGAGCCAUCCCCCUCACCGUCACCAACGUCCCUGAGCUCUGCAUGUGGUGGGAGAGCGCUAACCAUGUCAGUGGUUUGACGAAGAGCCCUUUCGACAUCACCAGAACAGUUGGGGGGAGCUCAGGUGGCGAAGGGGCCAUCAUUACUUCAGCUGGAGCUCUAAUAGGAAUCGGAAAUGAUAUUGCUGGCAGUAUAAGAAUUCCUUCUUCAUUCUGCGGCAUUUAUGGCCACAAGCCAACAAAAGGUGUGAUAUCCAACUUUGGCGAUUUCCCUUUUUCUCAAAUGGAGCCCAAUCUUGAAGAUCGGACCGUCGAGUUUGUGAGCACCGGCCCCAUGUGUCGGUACGCCCAAGAUCUUCCUCUUCUCGUCAAAGUUCUGUCGGAUUAUGACCAAAGGCUGCAGUGGAACACAACAGUGAAUUUCAAAAAAGUGAAAGUGUAUUAUAUUGAAGAAUUCCCAGGAUUACUUCAUACCGUCGUCCCGGAUAUAAAGAAAUCCAUUAGAAAAGCUGUUACGCAUUUCCAAGAAGAAUAUGGAAUCAGACCCGUUCCCGUCCGAUUUCCUGAGCUGAAAUACGCCUUUUACAUCUGGGAAUCCAAAUUACUGGAAUAUGGGGGAGCUCCAUUUGCAUCCUACUUGCAGGGAGACAACAAAGGCAUCAACUUAUGGUGGGAAUUGUUCAAGAACAUCUUCCAGAAGUCGGACCAUACCCUCCCAGCCAUUUUCUUCGGAAUGGUGGACAGAAGAGAAAAAGACGAUUUUUACUACUUCUGCUUGGAACAGUACAAGGAACUGGAACGAAAGUUUCAAGAGCUAUUCAAAGAUGAUGCUAUUCUCUUAGUGCCAACUCAUCCCGAGCCCCCUCCACAUUAUCUGAUGACCAUCCCUAAGUAUCCCAACAUAGCGUACACCUGCAUAUUCAAUAUAUUAGGCUUACCUUCUAGUCAAAUUCCUACAGGUUCCAGCAGAGGGCUGCCUAUAGGAAUUCAGGCAAUAAGUGGGCAAUUCAAAGACCACCUCUGCAUAGCAACAGCUUUAGAGUUGGAUAAGGUCUUCAACGGUUGGAUCAGCCCAUGCCCGAUUAAUGUGUAAAAUAUCUGAUUUUGUUUACUUGUUUAUGGGACUGUGAUACUUUGUUUGCAAAUCUUUUAACACAUAUCACUCUUUGUUCUAACUUAACAUAUUGAUUGAAAAUAAUUAUAUAUAUAUUUAAAAUCCAUAUUUGUCAUCGUUUUCGUAUAAAAGUGUGCGUAGCUAAGUCAAAAAUUAUCCGCAUUCAACCCGAACCGCAUACCAGAUAACGAGAUACAUAACCAUACUGCAACAGUGUGGCUAUGUAAUUGAAAUUUUAUCGCCCAUUCUCAUCGUUUUGCUGAAGAGUAAAUAUAAUUCCGAUACUAUCUGCGCAAAUCAAGAAUGAACAGCGAGCAAUCAUUCUUUUUCUUUUGGUUAGAAGCUAUUGAGGGAUUGUAAGAUUGUGAUCAUGUGAACGAAAUCUAAUUUUCAUUUCUAAUCGUUCAUUUGGGCAGUAAGCAAGAUUUCAUUGCUAUCAGUUAAAAUCAAGAAGGAACAACGAGCAAUUCUUCGUUUUCCUUUGUUUGGAAGAUGUAAUGAUCAUGUGAUGUCGUCGUGCGAUCAUAUGAAUGAAAUUUAAUUGCAAUUUUUUGUUGUUCUAUUGAAGAAUAUACUAUUAACAACGUAAAUCAAGAAGAAACAGUGGAAAAAUUAUUUGUUUUCUAUUAGUUGGAAGAUGCUGUGGCAUUGUAGUAGUGUGAUCAUGUGAUGUAGUAAUGUGAUUAUGUGAUGUCGUAGUGUGAUCAUGUAAAUGAAAUUUAAUCGCAAUUUUUUAUCAUUUUACUGAAGUGUAAACAUAGCUUCACUGCUAACAAUGUGAAUCAAAAAGGAACAUCAAACAAUUUUUCGUUUUCUAUUAGUUGAGAGAUCAAGUGGGAUUGUAUGAUCAUGUGAAUGAAUUUAAUCGUCAUUUCUUAUUAUUCUAUUAAAGAGAACAUAGCAUCACUGUUAUCAGCAUGAAUCAAGAAGGAACAGCGAGGUCAUUCGUUUACCAUUGGUUGGAAGAUGUUAUAAUAGUGCAUAGUGUGAUCAUGUGAACGAAAUUUAAUCAUCUUAUCUAAUCAUUCAGUUGAACAGUUAGCAUGGUCUCACUGCUAUCAGUGUGAAUCAAGAAGGAAUAGAGGGUAGUCAUUCGUUUUUCUUUAAUUGAAAAAUGUUACAGGAUUGUACGAUCAAAUGAAAGAAAUUUUAUCCUCUUUUUUUAUCGUUCUAUUAACUCUAAAUAUAAUUAAACUGCUAUCAGUGUAAAUUAAAAUGGAAUCAAAUCAAGGAGCAGUAUUUUCUUUUGGUUCAAAGACGUUGCGGGGUUAUAGUAGUAUAACCACGUGAACGAAUUUUAAUAACCAUUUCUUAUCCUUCUAUUAAAGAGUAAACAUUGCUCUCACCGUUAACAAUAUUCAUCAAGAAAUAGAACAAUUUUUCUUUUGUUAUUAAAUGUUUCAGAAGCCGAAAUUUAUUGGAAGUUCUCCAUACAAUACAUGGCGGUGCGCAGACAUGGAGAUUAUAACUUUACGCUGACGAAGCUUUAAUAUGAAAUAUAAGGAACAGGUACAAGGCGUGGUAUAUCAACUUUGUUUACUCUUACCCUACCUGAAUCACCGAUCCCAAGAAAUGCAUAAGUUUUUGCACCACUGAACUAAAUGCAUUGCAAAAGAAAGGGGCCAUGUCAAGAAAUGGUGUUUUUAUUCUUAAAUGGUGUUCUUGAGUUUCUUUUUUUGCUGUUCAAAAAUAAAAUGCGGAUAAUUUUUGACUUAUAUUCAUAUUUUCUUAAAUUGUAUUAAUCUAAUAUAGGGUUUCUUAAGCUCCAUGUUGUGACGAGCAACAAGAACGAUCACAUGAAACAUUUCUAAAGAUGUUCUUUUAGAUGUUAUAAACAAAAAUUAUUUAAAAAUCAUCUACAGUAAAAAAAACAAUCACCAUAUAAUGUCGAAUAAACAUUAAAAAUUAAUGUCUUUUGGGUCAUUUUUAAUGCUUCGUUUUUUAAAUUUUUUUCAAACUUUUAUAUUUUCAAAGGCAUAUCUAAAAAACAAUCGCAAGUUGAAACGCU